UAUUAUCAACGAUAAUAGUUUAUUCCAGGCUUUAAAUGAUAAAAAUGAGGUGCAAUUAAUCAAACCUGCCGACAAAAUUAAAAUCACGAGUUUAAUCAUUUGCAAUCAGGCGUUCAGUAGUGACACCCCAUUGGUCAAGCUAUUGAGGGGUCCUGUACUGUAGGUUUUUUCGCACAAGCCUGCGCCAGUGGGGUCAUGAGAGAUCUCUGAAACUUAGCCCUCUAUUCACAUUCAAAUAUCGAAAAACAAUUAGUCGUUAUUUAAGUUAUGAUGGGCGGUAGAUCGAGCACGAUAGCCGCCGGUGUUUGCGGUGCUCUUUUUGUUGGCUAUUGCAUUUACUUCGACAGGAAAAGACGGAGUGACCCCAACUUCAAGAACAGGCUCCGAGAACGGAGGAGAAAGCAGAAGGUGGCACAGGACAGGUCCGGACUGUCAAAGCUCCCCGACUUGAAGGAUGCAGAGGCUGUCCAGAAGUUCUUCUUGGAGGAGAUCCAGUUGGGAGAAGAGCUGUUGGCCCAGGGAGAUUAUGAGAAUGGUGUGGACCACCUGACUAACGCCAUUGCCGUGUGUGGCCAGCCCCAGCAGCUGCUGCAGGUCCUACAGCAGACCCUGCCACCGCCCGUGUUCCAGAUGCUGCUCACCAAAUUACCCACCAUCAGCCAGCGUAUUGUGAGCGCACAGAGCUUGAGCGAAGACGAUAUAGAAUAAGAGGGCCUUGGACUAAACUCCUCUGCUUGAAAAUACUCCUAUCCUGUGGCGACCAACUUCAACAUCAAAAAAACAGUUCUAUGAAAGAAUGUUGUGUUACCUGGUUCACAUCAUCAUUCUCAUUUAAAACAAUGCCUCGAGGGUUGAAUCUGUCCUUGCAGCUUCCUGUAUGUCUAAAUGAAAAUAGCAACAUUUGCUGUACAGUUCCCUCCCAUUGUUUGCAUUGAUCACAUUGUCAUGCUGUUCACUUAUUCAGAAAUGAAGUUGAUUGUAUACAGGUGUCAAGUUGGCAAAACUCUCCCUAACCCUUAACAGUGUAGCUAAGACUAAAUAUACUGUAUGCAGAGGGAAAGUUACCCCAUCAUUCACAGUCCACUAAACUGGUUUAUUGUUUGUGUUAAAUGUCUUUGUACGAAACGGUGUUAGGUUAUAAAAUAUUGGGGGGUCUUGAGAAAACAAAAUGGUCUGACAAAAUACUUUUACUGUGAUUUAAUGUUAAGCUUUUUCUUUUGAAGAGGCCAUCCCUCUUUGUAAGAAAUGAAAAUAAAAGGUGGAUGAAA